UAAGAAAUCCCGUUAUGUAAUGAGCUGCAAGGCAAAACUCCAAUCUGCAAUGGAGUUCACUAUAAUUCACUCACAUUCAAUAAUGAUGCAUGUUAGAACGCAUCCUCAGCCAUGCACAUCCUCAUUGGCAUUGCAAUUGCUGUUGCGGUCCUAUGUCUUUAUGUCCAAAGACGUAGAUGCCGCUCAGGGAAGCAGGUUGCCAUUUUGGUUUUGGGAGAUAUCGGCCACAGUCCACGAAUGCAGUACCAUGCAAACAGUUUCGCAAAACAUGAUUGGAAUGUAGAAUUGAUUGGUUAUGGAGACGACAAUAAUGAGCAAGAAUUGUUUAAGAAGGACAAACGGAUACGUUGUAUACACAUUCCGAAGACUCCGGCUUGGUUAACACCAUCGUCCAAGCUUCAAUUCUUACUGUUCGCUCCAUUGAAAGUGACAUUCCUCUGGCUCGGCCUGUGCAGCAUUCUUUUUCGGGUACACGCACCGUCGUAUCUGCUUGUGCAGAAUCCUCCAUGUAUCCCUACUUUUGUUUUUGCAUUAUUAAUGCGGUUUUGUUUCGGAUCUCGAAUCGUUAUUGACUGGCACAAUUUCGGUUUCAGUAUUUUGGCCCUCAAACUCGGCAAAAAUCAUAUGCUCGUCAAAAUCAUGAAAGCUUAUGAGCUCUUCCUUGGUCGAUUUGCUUACAAACACCUUUGUGUUUCAAAUGCCAUGAGCGAGGUGCUUGGUAAUUGGGGCCUUAAACCAACAUACGUUCUUUACGAUCGUCCGCCAAGUCACUUCAAACCGCUUUCAAAGAAGCCUUACAAUCUGCUUGGAACGGCGUUCAAUCCGAAGACAUGCAAACUGCUUGUGUCCUCAACAUCGUGGACCCCAGAUGAGGAUAUUUUUGUACUUUAUAAAGCGUUGGAAGAAUACGAUGCACAACCCAAUGCAUCCCCUAUUCUUGCUGUCAUCACGGGCAAAGGUCCGAUGAAGCAGGACUUUUUGGACCAUGUAAAAGAACACCCUCUACAACACGUUCGUUUCUUGACUCCAUGGCUGUCAACUGGCGACUAUCCGCGCCUGCUUGCUUGUGCAGACUUGGGUGUAAGUCUUCAUACAAGCUCUAGCGGUGUGGAUUUGCCCAUGAAGGUAGUUGAUCUAUUUGGCUGUGGCAUUCCCGUGCUUUCGUUGCCAUUUCCAGCUAUAACUGAGCUCGUAAAGGAUGGCCGAAACGGAAAAAUCGUCGGUGACGCUCAUGAAAUGGCUGUCACAAUUCAGAAUCUUUUUACCAACACAAAGGAGCUGUCAUCGUUGAAGCGUGGAGCAAUGAGUGAAUCUAAACAUCGCUGGGAUGAGGAGUGGGACACGGUGGCGUCUCAGGUUUUCUUGAUGAAUAACAAAACGGCAGCAAAAAAGAAGUAGAUUUAUUCUGCUGCUCUUUGCUAGCAGGUAAUGACUGUUGUAUGCUAAUGGCGUCGGAUGCGACCUACCAAAAUCGUGGUCUCAUGAAUGAAUACUUCGACGUUUUGAAACAAAUAAUAUGUCGAUUAAACGAAGAUCGUUUUUUAGUAAUAACCAUCUCAUCGCCCCAGUA